CAGUCCGUUCAGUCUUCAACCAAGGUCUGACCUCCUCACAAGUCACUGGGUUAGCCUGGGAUAACCGGAAAAUGGCAAAGCCAAUUAUAUUUCUGUUCUUCGCCGCCGUUUUGCUGAGCGGAAGUGCCAGUGGGCAGAGAGACCACCCUCGUGGCAGGUCCUUCGACGCCGAGUCGCACCCGAUCAAGCACGCGGAGGAGCAGCAGAGCCAGUACUGGGUGGACAAGGCCCAGGAGAAGCUGCUGGCCAAGCUGGCGGAGGCGCAGGCGGUGCACACGAACAAGGCCAAGAACGUGAUCCUGUUCCUGGGCGACGGGAUGUCCGUCCACACGACGACGGCCACGCGCAACCUGCUGGGCGACAGCGCGGAGCAGCUUUCCUUCGAGGGCUUCCCCCACACCGGAAUGGCCAAGACGUACUGCGUGAACCGGCAGGUGGCCGACUCCGCCUGCACGGCCACCGCCUAUCUGGGCGGGGUGAAGGGCAACUACGGGACGAUCGGCGUGAACGCCAACGUGCCCAGGUACAGCUGCUCGGGCGCGGAGCGGGAGGAGGACCGCGUGUGGAGCAUCGCCCAGUGGGCGCAGGCGGCGGGCAAGGACGCGGGCCUGGUGACCACCGCCCGGGUGACCCACGCCUCGCCGGCCGGCGUCUUCGCCCACACGGCGGACCGCAACUGGGAGAACGACUGGGAGGUGGCCAACGGGGGCUGCGACCCCGAGCAGACCGUCGACAUCGCGCGCCAGCUGGUGGAACAACCGGUGGGCCAGCGGCUGAAGGUGAUCCUCGGCGGGGGUCGCCAGAACUUCAUCAACGCCAGCGUGAACGACGAGGAGGGAAUCCCCGGCCAGCGCACCGACGGGCGCCACCUGAUCCGCAGCUGGCUGGACCAGAAGCAGGCGGCCAACGCCUCGGCCAGCUACGUGUGGAGCCGCAAGGGGCUCGGAUUGGUGGACCUGGAGAGCACGGACUACCUGCUGGGCCUCUUCGCCAGCUCGCACCUGCCCUACAACGGCGACCGGCAGAGGCAGCGCAGCCAGCUGGCGGACCCCUCGCUCACCGAGCUCACGGAGGCCGCCAUCAAGGUGCUCGGCCGCAGCGAGCAGGGAUUCUUCCUGUUCGUCGAGGGCGCCCGCAUCGACAUGGCCCACCACGACACCUUCGCCCGCCGGUCGCUCGAGGACACCGCCGAGUUCGCCAGCGCCGUGCAGCGGGCCCGCGAGCUGACCUCCGAGGAGGACACCCUGAUCGUGGUGACCGCCGACCACGCGCACGUCAUGUCCAUAAACGGCUAUCCGUUCCGCGACCAGGAGAUCACCGGACUGGCCCAGCUGGCGGACGACAACCUGCCCUACACGGUGCUCUCCUACGCCAACGGGCCUGGCUACUACUCCGCCUACAACCGCGCCGAGGGCCGCACCCUGCUGAAGGAAAAGCUGGUGACGGACUCGGAGUACCGGUAUCCCACGCUGGCGCCCCUGGACUCGGAGACCCACGGGGGCGACGACGUGGCGGUCUACGCCUCGGGGCCCUACGCCCAGUUCUUCAGCGGCAACUACGAGCAGAGCAACAUCCCGGCCCUGAUGGCCCGGGCAGCCGGCAUCGGACCCUACGCCUAGGAUCUGGGAUCCCUCCCCAGCAUAUGCAUACCGCCUCCUGGUCGGGGCAAGCCAAUAAAGUGCAUCGCAGCCGAAAA